UAUCUCACUUGGGUUUCCGCAGCUUCUUCUUCUUCUUCUUUCCAUGUGAUGCUUCUCUUCCAAGCGAAUACAGCUCAUUCUCGCGAUUCAUCAUUACCCAAUUCAUAUAAUUUCCCACCAUUCAUCAAGUGUCAACUAACUUCCCAUCUUUCCACAUCACUGUUCCUUUUCUGGGUUCAAGAGGGCUGAGAAAAUGGAUUCACUGAAGAUUGGAUUUGUGGACUGAGAAAGCAGAGAUGGAGAUCCUCUGCAUUCCCCUGAUAUGAGUCACCGACCAAGUUUUGCGAGCAACAAGAGAAAGCUAUGGUGGAAAUGAAGAUGAUCACAUUCACUCUCUCUGCAAUUCUGAUCAUUGCUUCGAUCUCUCUCCCAUUUACCAAAUCCGAGCCAUACGAGGACAAAGAAGCAUUACUGGACUUCAUAAGAAACAUUCACCACUCCCGCUCCCUAAAUUGGGACACAAACUUCCCAGUCUGCUUCCUCUGGACAGGGGUCACCUGCAACAGCGACAACACUCGAGUCGUAGCACUCCGAUUGCCCGGUAUGGGGCUCCGCGGAUCGAUCCCUUCCAACACGCUGAGCCGCCUCUCGUCGCUCCAGAUCCUCAGCCUGAGAUCCAACGGGAUCUCAGGCGAUUUCCCUCAGGAUUUCUCCAACCUGAGGAAUUUAACUUCCCUGUACCUCCAGUCCAACAAGUUCACCGGCUCGUUGCCUUCUGAUUUCUCGGUAUGGAACAGUUUAACCGUUCUGGACCUCUCAGGAAACCGAUUCAACGGCAGCAUUCCGCCUUCCAUUUCGAGCCUGAACCACCUGACGUCUCUGAACCUCUCCAACAACUCGCUCACGGGCGAAAUCCCGGACAUCAACAUCCCCAGCCUGCAGCAGAUCAACCUCACGAACAAUCACCUCACUGGCAUUCUCCCCAAUUCGCUCAUGAGGUACCCGAGCUCCGCAUUCUCCGGCAACGAGCUGUCCUCACAAAUUGCAAUCCCACCUGCCACCUCUGCCGAAACCCCAAUUCCUCAGCCGGCGAGGAAACCACGAGGGAAGCUGACCGAGCCUGCCAUACUCGGGAUCGUGCUGGGCGGCUGUGUUGUGUCAUUUGCCGCGAUUGCGCUGUUAAUGAUAUGCAGCUACUCUCGUGGGAAGAACGAUGGCGGAUUGCCUACUACCAAAACGGUCACAGUCGCGACCAAGUCGAAGGAGAAAGGCGAGCCUGCUCUGAGGCUGAAGAAGAAGAAGAAGAAGGAUAUUGGUGGUGGUGAUGGUAAGAGCAACAAGUUGGUGUUCUUCGAAGGGUGUCGCCUCGCGUUCGACUUGGAGGACUUGUUGAGGGCGUCGGCGGAGGUUCUCGGGAAGGGGAGCUACGGGACGACUUACAAGGCUGCGUUGGAGGACGCGACGACGACCGUGGUGGUGAAGAGGUUGAAAGAAGUCGGCGUCGGGAAGAAGGAGUUCGAAGGGCAGAUGGAAGUCGUUGGUGGGAUUAAGCAUGAGAAUGUGUGUCCCUUGAGAGCUUAUUACUACUCCAAGGAUGAGAAGCUGAUGGUGUAUGAUUUCUACGACAGGGGAAGUGUCUCUGUUCUGUUGCACGGCAGAAGAGGGGAAGGCAGGACAGCAUUAGACUGGGAAACCAGAAUGAGGAUCGCCAUAGGAGCAGCAAGGGGAAUUUUCUACAUCCACAGCACACGCCAAUCCGCGGCGAAACAGCUCGUCCACGGCAACAUAAAGGCCUCAAACGUCUUCCUAAACUCAGACAACUACGGCAGCAUCAACGACGUCGGGCUCGCCACGCUGAUCACUCCAACCCCUGCACCAGCACCAAACAGAUCAGCAUCCUCAGGGUACCGUGCCCCUGAAGUAACCGACCCACGCAAGGCGACCCCUGCAGCCGACGUCUACAGCUUCGGCGUCCUCCUCCUCGAGCUCCUCACCGGGAAAUCGCCAACCAAUUCGUCCUCUGGAGGGGGGAGUGGGGGCGAGGAAGUCGUUCACUUGGUGAGAUGGGUGAACUCCGUGGUGAGGGAGGAGUGGACCGCCGAGGUGUUCGACGUGGAGCUUCUGAGGUACCCUAACAUAGAGGAAGAGAUGGUGGAGAUGCUGCAGAUUGGGAUGAACUGCGUGGUGAGAAUGCCCGAGCAGAGGCCGAAGAUGGUCGACGUGGUGAAGAUGGUGGAAGGGAUCCGACGUGCAGGAGGUAGUGUUAGUGUUAGUCCCGGAGAAGGUCGGGGAUUCGGGUCGGAUUCCGGCGUGGAGGUCGCCAUGUCGACUCCGACCCCGCCGGGGUCGGAUCGUGUUGGUAGUAGCUCUUCAGCUAUCCAGUAGGCGUUCAACAAUCUGUGUUUUGGUAUUCAUUGUGUGGGGAAGGAUUUUGGCUGCUGGGAUUAG